AUGACAACUUUCUUAUCUGAAGACAGGACUGGAAGUGGCUGGUUAAGUGCCACUAGGGGGAAUGGAUUUGCUGGAGGUGGUGGUGGAAGAAUUUCAAUUGAUGUUUUUAGUUGGCAUGAUGAUACAGAUUUCUUAAUUCAUGGAGGAAAAAGUUUUGGCUGUCCUGAUAAUGCAGGUGCUGCUGGUUACCAGCUGGUGUCACCAAUAUUAGGCCUCCUCGCUUAUAAUGCCGACAGUGAUCUGAGUUUUGGUAGCCCUUUCGAGCUUGGGAUUCUUGCCAUUGACAAACCUAUUAAAAUCGAUUUCAGCAAUGUUACAAAGGCAUCCAACAUCACAGGAUUCUUGCCAUUGUGUGAUAGUUUUGAAGGAAAUGGAAAAGUAACAUUGAAGAACCAAGUAUCACCCAACGUUUGUGUGGCAAGCAGGCAUGGCCAGUUUGGUUUGGUGGUGAAGUCGCCACAGUCGUUGGCUGUGAGGAAGAAGAUGCAAUGGAAACUGGUGGUGGGAUGCUCGGUCGGAGCUGCUUUGGGGGCUUUCCUUUUGGGGUUGCUUUUAGUGGCGAUGUUUGUUAAAAUUAAGAAGAAAACAAGAAUGGAGGAGUUGGCGAGGAGAGCAUAUGAAGAGGAGGCUCUUCAGGUUUCCAUGGUUGGACAUAUAAGGGCUCGAACAUCGCCUGCAACUUAA